ACGAGCAAACUUGUGUGUUGUGUUUGUAUGUGUUUUUAUGUGUUGUGUUGUGCCAUCACACUAACACAAACACACAGUUUGCAAAAUAGAGUUGAAGCAAGCAGAGCAGAUCAAAUGCACGAAGAGGAACAUAAAUAGAAUAGAAUAGAAGAAACAAUGGCAAGAGAGUUGAGCCCCGGCUUAAAGAUUCUCUGGGUCUGGACCCUUGGCACCGCCGCUGUACUGGUUACAAGUGUGGUGAGGACGAGGGUGAGAGACAUGGAGAACCUUAUGAAUGCUGAGCAGCAGCAACAACAACAACAACACAACACUGCCACCGACACAGAGACACUCUUGGUGGACACUUCGCCUCAGUCCUCUGAACUGAUUCGAGAAGAGAAACCAUAGGUUUGACAUCAAUCCCAGUUUUCUAUUUUGUGUUUUUGUUAAUUUCUUAAACUUUGUUGUUUAUUUUUGCGUUUGGAGAAAUGGGUUUAUGGCUUUCGGACAAGUGUGUGAAAUGUGUUUGAUGAAUGUUCUCAGUGAUACCAUUUUGACCCCAUUUUGAAGUUUUUACUGUAUUACGUGUUUUUCUGCUGGUACAAAUGAACUUGCUGAU